AUGAUAUUUUUCAACAUUUGGUCUGUACUACACUGGUAUGUGAGACCCUUUGUAAAGUGGUUUUUAAGAAAGACAACUCGUCUAUGUGAGUUGCAAAGAAUAUGUUAUGGUGAUAAAGCAGGAGCUCAAAGAACGUGCAAUGUGGAGAAGUCAUUGAUUCUAUCACGCACCAAAGAUGUUAAAGAAGUAAUUGCAUUUCUAGAUGCCGUUGUUGUGGAACGUAGGUUCAUUCCAGAAAACUUUGACGAUAUAUUGUAUCCUUCUAUAUCCAUUAUCAUGCGAACAAAAAAGAUAGACAACAAAUUGCAUCCAACUUUCGCACCAUCGUUUCGACAAUGCUUACAGCAAAUAUGGAGCUACAAACAGUUAAUUGAUGAAGUGGAAGAUCUGCGCUGCACACAAUAUGACUAUCAAAAUUCAACACAUGAAGAAAAGCUAUUAAAACUUUGGAAUCUUCUUCAGCCUCAUGAACCACUCGAAGAACGAAUAUCAAAACAGUGGCAGGAUAUUGGUUUUCAGGGAGAUGACCCUAAAACGGACUUUCGAGGGAUGGGAUUGUUGGGAUUAGAAAACCUUCUAUUUUUUGCAACAAUUUACCCUCAAGUAUCCAGUCAUGUCCUGAGUCAUUCUCGGCAUCCUAAAUAUGGAUAUACUUAUGCUAUUGUCGGUAUAAAUUUGACAUCAAUGGCAUAUUAUCUUCUUCAAGAUGGCUCAGCCAAAACAUACAUGUUUAAUGCAAAGCACUACUUACCAAAUAUUGAUUUAUUUCAUAGAUUUUAUUGCUAUUUAUUUUUUGAAUUUGACAAAAUGUGGAUUGAGUCAAAACCUGAAAACAUUAUGGAGUUUUCUAUGAUUUUCAAGAAAUUUGAAAAUGCAGUGAGAUCAAAGUUAACAGAUCCCGCUUCGGUUUUUAGAAUAAAAAUAGAGAUUGAUAAUAUAUAA